CCCACCACAGAGAGAUAGGAGCGGAGGGGAUUUGCUGGGGGGUUCCUGCGCAUCCCUGGGGCCGGAGAGGGCAGCGGCUGCUUCAGGUGCUCUGGGGAGACAGUCAAAUUACCUGGGACCAGGAAGGAGGGUCUGGAUCCAGGCCCAACCAUCCCGGCUAUAAAAAGCCGGAGCAGCCCCGUGUCCCCCUCUGCAGGAGCUCAGUGGGGGGGCCAGGAGCAGCACCCAGACCCCACAUCCACUGCAGGGCACAGGCCCUCACAGAGGAAGUGGCCGCGGCCCCAGCUGCGUCCCCACAGUGCCUGGACGGGUCCUUGGGGAGUCUCUGCCCACCAUGGAGCUCCUGCCACUGCUGCUGGUGCUGCUGGCUGUGACCCCAGCCACUGGCAUCGAGGAGGUGGCACUGGACAUGGCCCCCAAUGCCUUCGAUGACCAGUACGAUGACUGCAGCAAUGAAAUGGUGGAGGAGCUGCUGGCGAUCAACCGCUCUGAGUUUGCCCUGAACAGCAAUUACUCCAAGUCCUGGGACGAUGCCACUGUCAAAUGGCGCAGCCGCCCAUCCCUGGGGUCCCUGCGCUGGAAGGAAGAGGCCAUUGCCCUCAUGGCAUACACAUUGGAGACAAAUCUGUACAAGGACUUCAACAGGGCUGUGCCCAUGGCCGGACGCUCCCGCCAGGAAUAUCUGGACAACUCCUUCAAGGUGGUGCAUUUCCUGCUGACCGAGGCCCUGGAUGACCUGCGGGCUGCCCAGCCCCAGGGCACCUGUCUCCACGUGUACCGGGGGGUCCGAGGUAUCCGGUUCACUGCCGAGCCCGGAGAUAUCGUCCGCUUUGGCCAGUUCACCUCUGCCUCCUUGAACAAAGAGGUGGCCAAGGGGUUUGGCACCGACACCUUCUUCGAGCUGGACACCUGCCACGGCGCUGCAAUCUGGGACUUCUCCUUCAUGCCCUGGGAGGAGGAAGUCCUCAUCCCGCCCUUUGAGACCUUUAAUGUCACCAGUGUCACCCGUCAAGGGGCCAAAACCCACAUCCAGCUCAGCCCCCACGGCGUGUACAGCAACUACAACUGCACGUGGCUCCGAGGCAGCAGUGUCCCAAGGGACACCCCACACCUCGGGGUCCUCCUGGCAGCCCUGGCCCUGGCAGUGGCCACCGGCACCCCCUGAGCCACGAGGACACCGCUGUCACCUCUGCCACCGUGUCCGGCCAAGACGAGGGCUCAGGAACGGAGCCACCGGUGUCACCAGGACGGCAGGACGG